AUGUCUACGGCCCGGAAACGCCUCUCUUGUGACCGAUGCCACGCGCAAAAACUACGCUGUCCUCGACAUUCGAGCGCCAAUGAGGAGAGCUGUGGAAGAUGCCUGCGUCAUGGCACCAAGUGCGUGUACAGCGUGGCCCUGCCCAAGGGUCGCCCCCGUUCCAAACCCGAGUCUUCGACGCACGGCACUCCUGUGCGACACCAUAAACUCGCCCGUGCCAAUGAUGCCUCCACCUUGCGGGAAGACACGCACGGACUAUGUCUAGACGAUGCCAUGAGCCUUUCACCUGAAUCCCUUCAGCGCAAUCCGGGCGUGCUUGACGAUUCUUUUACUUUCCAGCCAUUACCAUGCUCGAGAGCCGAGGAUUACCUGCAAGGAUCGGACUCUCUUUCCGCCAAUGUCAACUUCUUUGACUUCUCGCCCAUUCAAUUAGCUUCAUGGCAGGAUGAUCUGACGGGGGCUAUCCAGGCACUGACAGCUACGACAGGGGCAGGGCAGCCCUCAGUGCUCCAAGGAUACACCGAGCCCUUGCAGCCCUUUAUAACAAGCUUGAUGUCUCCGGAAGAUGGAUCCUCGUUCCGGCCCGGGAAGGACGGAGAAGAUCACCUGCCAUUAGGCUCCAUGUCCCCGGGUCCUGAUUCUCAAGACAAGCCACCUCCCUACAUCGAAAAAUCCUUCUGGGGUCGCAUCGAGAGCCAGGAGCCUUUAUGCGUCCCAUCCACCCGCGCCGCCCACAUUCCUACUGCAGAAUCGAUACGAGCCACCGCGUCUUGUCGCGACGAGGCUGGCCUGCUCGACUUGAUCGAUGACAUCCCCAGCAAGACAAUCUGUGACGGCUUCAUACAAUCGUUCAUCUCCAUCAUUUACCCUCUCAAUCCCCUCGUUGACCUCCCUACUUUGUCCAGAGACUAUAGCGUCUUGUGGGACAUACGUGCUCAAAAGUCCCGGAGGGGAAAGUCCAACGAUUGCUUCAAAGACGCCAGCGUUGUUACUGUCCUCUUUGCUGCUCUGUACUGCGGUGCCACCGCAGCCUCCACCAGCCUUUGGUCGCAGUCCCCAGCAUUGAGGGCUACCAACACGUCAACAAUCAUUGCUGGACUGAAAACCACCCAGUCCUUCGUCAGCAGAGCGGUCCACACAGCACAAUACCUGGGGCUUCACCGAGAUUUCACAACGCAGGGUCUCAAUGCCACCACACAAGAAUUACGACGACGCAUCUGGUGGUACGUCGUUCGGCUAGACGUCCAGUGUUCGCUCCGGUACGGCUUGCAGAUGCACUGUGGUGCUGAGGGCCACCAGUGGGAUGUGCAGAUGUUGUGUGACCCGGCUUUGGAUGCUGCAGAAGAGCCUCGGCCUGUGGCUGAGCAAUCUGCCUCGAUGUCUAGCCCCCAUGAGCAUCCGUUGUCGCUGCGCUUCGCAGCAGGGACUGCCGAGGUGGUUAGCUGCCAUGAGUUUGGACAAGCAGAUCUCGACUUCCACCUCAAGCGGUAUAAAACCCUGCACACCAAGCUAGCUACGAUCACUGCUGCGUUGGGGUCCUCAAGUGGGCAUGGCCAGGGUCAAGACCACAUGUCCCCUGACCUGCUCUCAUCAAACCAUCAAUCUCCUCGUGAGAUUGACGAGCAACCGGACGCUUUCAUCCCAUGGGCCAGGACUACUCUCAUAGCAUUGGUCAAGGGGUCCUUGAUGAUACUACAGAAAGCCUUCUUAGGUCAUCCCAGCCUCACAGUGCAACAGAACCAGAUGCUAUGGACGAGUACUUUCCGGCUGAGUAUCGAUGUUGUCAUUCACAUCCAUGGAAUUGUACAACUGGCAAGAUCUUCGGCACAAUUAUGGUUUGUGAGAACUAACCUCACGCCACUCGCUCUGGCGGCAACUUUCAUCAUCCUGAACCACCUCAAACGCGAGCCCAGGGCAGAGCACAGCCAGGAGGCGCUGGAAAUGGUUGAUCGGACAAUCAACAUUUUCUCUCUGAUCAAGACGUUGCCGAGUAUGCAGGCGUUGGGCCAUCUAGCUUCCCCUGCCAGCCAUGGGGAAGACACAGAUCCCGAAUGGCAAUGUCUAAAGGCCAUACGAACACGGACUGCUGGUCCAGCGUCGCAGUCUCUCUCGGAGACGUGCGAAAGCCCCCACAGCUCCAGAGACCAGAGCAAGACGCUGAGCCCAUUUGGCCUGAGCCCAGAUAGUCCCUGGUGGGCAAAAUGCUACGGCAUACGGAGCAUCUGAUGACAUGCAAGUGGGAGGAGGCUGGCCUGCACUAGAGCUGGCACAUAGGGGUAUCUCUUCGAGUAGGGCAGCGUUUUUCUCUAGUCCUGAGAAUGUGCAGCAACAUGUGCCUUGGUGCUCAUUUUUUGGCAUAUAAUUCGAUGGUCGGAUGGUUUGGGCCAGGUCAGUUCAUAGUUACGAAUUCAACUUGUUGCGGUUCGCAGCG